AUGGCUGCCUCUUUGGAAGUUAACGCCAAAACUUUCUACGACGAUAGCUAUCAAAACAUUGAGUAUGCAAAGUUUUCUCGCUUUGUGGACAGGUCUUUGAUUCUGCACGAGGCACCACUAGACACUUUGCAUUUCAAACUUGUUCAAAACUCUAGUGCUGCUGAUAUUGUCACGCUUCCAAGGAGCUUGUACACAAGGUGUACAACCCUUGUGACCUUGAAACUAAAGAGUGUGACUCUUGUGGAUGUUUCUUCCUUGCCUUCUUUCCCGACCCUCAAAACGUUGUGGCUUGUAGCGGUCAAGUACCCUGGUGAUGAGUUUGUCAAGAGGCUUUUAUCCAAUUGUCAUGUUCUUCAAGAUCUGUUAGUUGCACUAUUUCCCAGUGACAAUGUCACCGUUUUUACGGCCAGUUUUUAUGUCACUUAUAGUCAGCCGGGGAAGAUUAUGAGUUGUAUUACUUCAGUCAAGUGUCUCACUUUAUGUUUAUCAACUUCAAAGGAGGUGUAUCCUGUUGGUACUGUCUUCCAAAAUCUUGUACAUUUAAGGGUAUGCACAUGUGAGACAGAGUGGGUGAAUCUACUUCUGUGUAUGCUCAGAGGUUGCCCUAAUUUACAAUCUCUAAAACUCUUUCAGUGCCGUAAACUUCCGGCUCCCAAGCCACGUCCUUGUUUGAAGGGAUCAACCUUGGUCCCUGGGUGUUUGUCAUCGAGUCUUAAGGCUCUGAGAUGGGUAGACUAUGAAGGAAGAGAAGAAGAGAAACAAGUGGCAGAUUUGAUCUUAAGAACCGGAAGCUGUUUAAAGAAGGUAACUAUCUUCUCCAAAGCUACAGACCCCAACAGGAAACUUGAGAUGCUCAAGGAAUUGUCAUCCAUACCCAUCGCUCACCUACCGUUAAAUGUUCGCUCAUAUUCCACUGAAGUUGUGGUCAAGUCAUCCUUGAGGGUUUAG